AUGGAACGAUUCCUUUUUUCUCAUUUCACGGCCCGAAAUUACAGUCAGAGCUUAAAAGCAUGUUCUGCAGCAUAUUUUGUCGGAGCCGAUCAUGGCAAAGUGAAGGAUAUCGCUCAUGGAGGAAAGAUCAUCCUUCCUAAUUCAGCUCUUGAUAACCUCAUAAGACUUAAUGUACAGUACCCAAUGCUUUUUAAAGUUCGUAAUGAAGCCACUGGAUUGGAAACUCAUUGCGGAGUUUUAGAAUUUUCAGCCCCUGAAGGCAGGGCUUAUUUACCUAACUGGAUGAUGCACCAGUUAAAUUUGGAAGAAGAAAGUAACGUAAAAAUUGAAGUUGCUAACUUACGUAAAGCAACAUUUGCUAAAUUAAAGCCCCAGUCUCUUGAUUUUUUGAAUAUUUCGAACCCUCGAGCUGUUCUAGAAGUCGAAUUACGAAAGUUCGCCUGUCUGACGAAGAAUGACAGAAUAUCUGUAUUAUACGCUGACCAAAACUUAGAAUUCUUGGUACAAGAAGUGAAACCCGAAGACGCUGUUUGUAUCAUCGAAUGUGACUUGAAUCUGGAUUUCGAUGCUCCAGAAGGAUUCGUUGAGAACUCAGAGCAUAGGCCGACGACUACUGUUAAGCCACCACCACCUCCUCCUGAUCUCUCAGCUCUGCCUAGUACUCAGUUCGCUGCAUUUUCUGGUUCCGGUGUUCGUUUGGAUGGUAAGAAGAAGCCAUCUUCCAACAGCAUCUGUAGCGAGGGUAUCCCUGACAGCGUGGAAGCUUUAGGUCCAGUCGUGUGCAUAUCAGAUUAUAAACCUGGAACACUGCAUUUCAUGCGUUAUGAUUACAAAUCCCGAGUGGUUAUGGAGAAAGAAAUCAAUGAACGUGCCGAGGCUUCGAAGAAACAGGCAGUUCCAUUCCAAGGUGGUGGUGCUACAAUUCGAAGACGUUACUAA